CCUCCUGUCCUGCACCUCGAGAACGCAUCGGAACCGUUCUGGGUGGAGUGGCCUCCCACUACUGGAGAAUGCGACAUGCUCGUCUUCACUUUCCAUGGCGGACUAAUGCCAUAUUCUCUAUACUUUGCUGUCAGUCAUGCCACUGACAAUCAAACUUGGAGUGAAGAAAGGUUCAUCGCAUAUGCUAGUAUCAUUAGCUUUCAAGUAUACAUUACCCCAGGGAUCGGUUUUGAUUCGGCUGGAGCAGAAGACAUAGCAUGUUCGUAUUUCUGUUCUAUAAUCAGUCCUUACACAGUUGCUUACCUUUCGUAUAUAGGGAUUCCUGUCACGGCUCAAAGUUCCCAAGAAUGUUCAAUCAAUGAUAGCUCUAUGAUUACCAUAGAACAACCUUCGACGCAGGAAUCUGAUCAG